AUGGCCACCGCGCUCUCCGUCUCCCUCCUCCUGCCGCUCCUGCUUCUUCUCCAUCUCGCCGGCAACCUCCCCGCGGUCGUCGUCGGCAAGCCGCACAUCGAGGGUCCCCCGGGGCCCGAGAUGAUGAUGGUGGAUCUGCGGGACUACGGGAGCGGCGUGGGUACCUUGGCCGUGAGGAUGGACGGCCUCUCCGUCGCCGGCUUCGCCAACCGGAGCGGCCACUGGCACGCCCUGCGAGGCAACGAGCACCUGUUCCGCGUGGCGGCGGCGACCCCUCUCCCGUUCGGCAGCAGCUACGGCGAUCUCGUCGGCGGCGUCAAGAACCUGCCGGACCUCCCCUUGGAGGAAGACCCGGCCACCGUGGUGAUCUCCGCCUACGACCCCGCCGCCGCCGCCGCCGACGACGACGACGAGGUGGAGCUCAAGCGGGCGCUGGCGACGCUGACGGUGGUGAUCUGCGAGACGCAGCGGCUUCGCCCCGUCAUGGACACCGUCCUGGCGACGGGCGGCGGGCGCCGCGGGGCGGCUCGCGUCGCCGCCGAGCACCUGCCGUACAUCGAGCACUGGGACGCCAUGUGGGACGAGCUGAAGCGGUGGCGGAGGACCGGCGAGUGGGGCGGCGGGCCGUUCGCCGGCGAGCUGCGGGAGAGGGCCAAGAUCGGCAGCGCGAAGGAGGCGCUCGCCGUCAUCGGGUGGACCUUCCGCCAUAUUCUGCUGCGCCGCGAUGGCUCCAUGCCUGAGAGGAGGACCGAGGACGUGCCACGCUAUGGGACAUUCGUCUGACCUCUAACUCGCGAGUAUGACG